AUGGAUCCCGCCGACCUUGUGACUGGCGUUGAGGGCGACCUGCAAAAUACUGUUGUUCUAGAACCUGGAUUCAAGGCCAGAGACACCACAUUCGCCAGGAAGCCCACUGCACCUAACGAUAGUCUAAGUCGAUGGGAGGUCCCGACCCCCUCGAACCGACCUGGAGCAUCCUCGAGCAAAAAGAGGCGCCUGCAAGAUGAAUUCAACAGGGACGAGAAUGAGGAUGACGCUGGGAAUUAUGCCAAACCUCCACCCUCUGGACAGGCAGGUGCACGAGGACAGAAAUUCGCUUGUCCAUUCCGCAAGCACGAUCCUGUGGCAUAUUGUCUGGCUGAUCAUACCAUCUGCGCUGCAUCAAGCUGGCCUAGUACAGCACGGCUCAAAGAGCAUUUGUAUCGCUGUCACAUGCCAAUCUUCUGCCCAAGAUGCAAAGCAUUGUUCAGGACCAAGCCCGCUUUGGACAAGCACUUAAUGAUUGCGGUGGCCGAUGUUUGUGAAGUACGGGACUGCCCACCCCCAGCAGGUAUCACUAUUGAACAAGAGAAGGAGCUUAAGUCGCGGAAGAAGUCAAGCCCUGGUCAAAGUGAGGAGGAUAAGUGGAACAAUAUCUACAGUCUCCUAUUCCCAACAGAGGCCACACCUUCGUGCUACUUUGAGCCAAUCCGGGAACCUGGCCGUUACUCACACGGUGCCGACGAUCUGGAUGGUUUAGAGUGCUAUCUUCGAUGCCGAGUUCCCCAGCUAGUCAGCACGACCCUAGAUGAGAAAGCACGUCAACACCAGAGGCCUCUCCAGGCCCAGAUGCUCGGUAUCAUCCAUGAAAUUACGCAGGACUGCGUGGAGCAAGCAUGUCGAGAGUUCAAAAGAUGCCGUGGCACAGAACCCAAUCAUGUGGUACCGAAGCAGCAGGAGCUGAAAACAAGGUCGGAUGCUGUGCAGGAAGCACAUGCAGACCCUCUUCGCCUUCUCGAAGAGUCCGGCUCGAGCUUACAAAACUUCGAGGCACAAGAUCAGUUUGCUGGCAUCAUAUUCGAAGAUUGCAACCAUGAAUCGACGCAAUUCUCGGAAAACAUCACCAGAACGCCUCAGCAGGUGGAUGGCCGUUUUGAACAGGUCGACACAACACGACAGCAGCUCCGGAUCGGUGACGCUGUCAGUACGAACGCCUCAAACUCGGGCCACUGCGCGUUCUGCUAUAAUUCUCAUGAAGGUUCAUGCGUGUUUGAUUUUGACCCCGCACUUUUUAUGAAGACUAUAUAG